AUGUCCAUCCCCCCCACCCCUGUGAUCGGGAUCCUCACCGUCUCCGACCGUGCCUUCGCCCGCGAGUAUGAGGACCGCGGUGGGCCGGCCAUCUCGGCCUACCUCACCUCGCACUUCCUCCCGCCCUUCACGGUGGAGACCGCCAUCGUGCCGGACGAACAGCCGCAGAUCGAAUCCGCGAUCAAGCGUCUCGCCACGACCUGCGCGCUCGUCUUGACCACGGGCGGCACGGGCCCCGCGCCGCGCGACGUCACGCCGGAGGCCACAGAGGCCUGCUGCCAGAGGAUGCUGCCGGGCUUUGGCGAGCGCAUGCGCGCCGUCUCGGUCGAAAAGGUCCCCACUGCCAUCCUCUCCAGGCAGACCGCCGGCAUCUGCGAUCGCUGCCUCGUCGUCAACCUCCCGGGAUCGCCGAAGGCCAUCGCGGAGUGUCUCGACCCCGUGCUUCCGGCCAUCCCGCACGCCGUCAGACUCGCCAGAGGAAGGAACACGCUCAAGCUCAAGCCUGAGUUCCAUCCCACCGGGAGGAUGUGCCAGGAGUGUAACGUUACGCAUUGA